AUUGCUGACUGUGCAACACUGAAGGGUAAACAACAGUACAGUGACAUGACAGUAUUUAUUUACUAUCUCUAGAUAUUUAGAUAUACAGCUACAUACAGAGUUGUUGUUGGAAUGGCUACCAUUGAACUGACCGUACAGAGCAGUGUGAAUGAGUAUUCUCUCAAGAAUCGUGCUGUUGUCAACCACAAUAACCCAAAGUUCGCUCGUAUUGAAACCGGCAAGCCAUUCUAUGGUAAGGUAGACAGUAAGAGUCAUGGUGUCUGUUACCUCACUGUGGAGAAGAGUAGAGAUCCAAAGAUAGCCAAAGAUAAGAUUGGGCUGAGUCAGCUACAGCGUGAGUGGGUGGAGGUGGGUUUAGACCAACGUCUGUCAUUGGAGCCACUCCUCAUACCCAGGCAGGAUAACCUCAUUGGGGUCAUCACCGUGGAGAUUGACUUCUUCCACAAACAGAAGAAGGCCCAGCCAGCUGUCAAUACUGAUGAGCUAGCUCCACUCUUUGUGAGCAAGUUUGUCGACAAUGCAUUCUGUAUCGAUCAACUAGUGACCAUACAGUUCAACAACCUCAUAUUCAAGGCUAAAGUACUCCACAUCACAGCCGAGGAUGUAUCUGGUUUCAAAAAGGGAGAAAAGUCGUCUGAAAAAAAAAAGAAGUGUGGAUUACUGUACACUAACUCGAGGGUUGUGUUCGAGAGGUCAAGCGAGUCUACGGUGCAGCUGGUUGGACGGCACAAGGGAGACUCCGCCCACGUUGCCAUCAUAAGCCCGGACUGGGACUUCAACCAGAUGGGGAUUGGUGGUCUGGAUAAAGAAUUCUCUGACAUAUUUCGAAGAGCUUUUGCUUCGCGAGUUUUUCCACCGGAUAUUGUGGAACAGCUUGGCAUGAAACACGUCCGAGGGAUCUUGUUGUUCGGCCCACCAGGUACUGGCAAGACUCUGAUGGCACGGAAGAUUGGUCAGAUGUUGCAUGCACGAGAACCUAAGAUUAUCAAUGGACCAGAAAUUCUGAACAAGUAUGUCGGAGAGUCGGAGGCAAAUGUGCGUGGUUUGUUUGAGGAGGCAGAAAAGGAUCAAAAGAAGAUGGGCAUCAACAGUGCUUUACACAUUAUCAUAUUUGACGAGAUUGAUGCUAUCUGUCGUUCCCGUGGUUCCUUGUCUGGUAGCACUGGUGUCCAUGAUACAGUCGUCAACCAGCUCCUCGCUAAGAUGGACGGAGUGGAGCAGUUGAACAACAUCCUUGUGAUUGGGAUGACCAAUCGUAAAGACAUGAUUGACGAGGCUCUCCUUCGACCUGGCAGGCUGGAGGUGCAGAUGGAGAUAGGUCUCCCUGACGAGAAUGGACGCCUCGAGAUCCUGCGCAUACACACGGCCCAGAUGGCCAAGUUCAAUAAACUGGGUACUGACGUAGACCUGGAGGACCUGGCCAAACGCACUCGUAACUUCAGUGGGGCUGAGAUCGAGGGCCUUGUACGCAGCGCUCAGUCCACCGCCAUGAACAAGCUAGUACAGGCUAAAGACAAGGUAUCAGUGACCACGGAAGAGGCAGAGGCACUGAAAAUAACUAGGGUUGACUUUGAACAUGCAUUGUCCUUUGACCUCAAGCCAGCGUUUGGUGUCAGCGAUAAACAGCUGGAGAGCUACGUACUGAAUGGAAUAGUACCUUGGGGGCCACAAGUUGAUGAGAUUCUGGACGUUGGGGAAGCUGCCAAGAGACAAGUGUCUGAGAGCCAACGUACGCCCCUCGUUAGUCUGCUUCUCCGUGGCAAUCCGGGCUGUGGCAAGACAGCCCUCGCUGCUCAUAUUGCUAAACAGUGUAACUUCCCUUUUGUCAAAGUGCUGUCUCCUGAGAACAUGAUUGGCUUCUCUGAGGGUGCUAAAUGUGGGGCAAUAAAGAAGGUGUUUGAUGAUGCGUACAAGUCCGAGCUCAGCUGUAUCAUGAUCGACGAUAUAGAGAGACUAUUGGAUUACGUCGCUAUUGGACCGAGAUUUUCCAACCUUGUUCUUCAGUCCCUCCUCGUCCUGCUCAGGAAACUACCCCCCCUACAAUCCCGCUCUGGCCCCCACAAGCUGCUCAUCAUCGGCACCACUGGUCUCAGUGACGACGUGUUAGAGCUCACUGGUUUACAAGGAGCAUUCAACAGCUGUAUAGAUGUACCCUAUCUGAGCAGUGCAGGGGAGGUCCUCGCUUGUCUCCUUGACAACAGUAUGUACACGUUCUCUGAGAGUCAAGCUAAAGCACUCAGACAAAGAUUGACCAAGAAAUCGUGUCACAUUGGUAUGAAGAAGCUCAUCUCGAUUAUAGAAGCAUCUAAAAAGGCAAGUAUUUAUACUGUACUGUAUGUUCAAUGUUGUGUUGUGUGUACAUGUACAUUACCUGUGUAGCCAUUGUGCAUGCAGUAUAGCAGUAAAUAAUUAUGCUCGUCCACUGCAGGGAGAUAGUUAUGAUGUGGACAUGAUCGUAAGGAGGUUAGAAAUUGAAGGACACCUCACCAACUAAACUAUUGAUAGCAUCAAUUGCUGCCACUUUCUAAGACAUCUCUGAAUAUUUUAUUUUAGUUUUGCGUUCUAUACAUUUUAGCUGGAUUUCCUAUAAUUAUUAUUGUUAUUUA